UGGGGAAGCACCCGCAGUCGGUCGCUCUUCGCCGCCACCGCUGGUUGGAUCGUUUCAAUAAAAGUCUUUUUUUUCCCCUUCUCUCGCUCGCUCCGGGGAACAGGCGGAGGCGUCAAGCCGCAGCCGCCGCCGAGCGAGAGAAAGCGACGCGCACGCAGACGAACGAGAGCGGCGGCUGCGCUCUCCCUUGCACCCCGCGUCGCCCCGUUCCGCCCCGAGCUCCACGACCGGGGACUACUGGGCCGUCCGUGCGACUCCACGGCCCGGGAGCCAUGUUGAGCAGGGGGCUCGGGCACGCGUGAGGCGGCCGGCGGCCCUCGCGGAGCGGAAGGCGCGAGGUGGGGGGGGGCGGGAGGCCUGAGGCUGAGGCGCCUCUGCGCGGCCACCGCCACCACCGGACCUGCAUCCGCUCGCCCGCCCGGAGGAGUCCGUGUCUCCCCGCACUUGCUGAACUUUUCACGCUACAUCCAGCUGAUAGGAUGAAAAAGUUUAAGAGGAGACUGUCCCUCACGCUCAGGGGAAGCCAGACGAUCGAUGAAUCCCUGUCCGAGCUGGCCGAGCAGAUGACAGUGGAGGAGAGCAGCAGCAAAGACAACGAGCCGAUCGUGAAGAAUGGCAGGCCUCCAACGUCCCACAGCAUGCAUUCCUUCCUCCACCAGUACACGGGCUCCUUCAAGAAGCCGCCACUGCGAAGGCCCCACAGUGUCAUUGGAGGAAGCCUUGGUUCCUUCAUGGCAAUGCCCAGGAAUGGAAGCAGAUUAGAUAUUGUUCAUGAAAAUCUGAAAAUGGGAUCAGAUGGUGAGAGUGACCAAGCGUCUGGGACAUCAUCUGAUGAAGUCCAGUCACCUACCGGCGUUUGCCUCAGAAAUCGUAUACACAGACGGAUCUCAAUGGAGGACUUGAAUAAGCGGCUGUCCCUUCCUGCAGACAUCAGGAUACCUGACGGAUACCUGGAGAAGCUGCAGAUCAGCAGCCCACCCUUCGACCAGCCCAUGAGCCGCAGGUCCCGGAGAGCCUCCUUAUCGGAAAUUGGGUUUGGGAAAAUGGAAACCUACAUCAAAUUGGAAAAGCUUGGAGAGGGUACAUAUGCAACAGUAUAUAAAGGAAGAAGUAAAUUGACAGAGAAUUUGGUGGCAUUAAAAGAGAUCCGCUUGGAACACGAAGAAGGAGCGCCCUGCACAGCUAUAAGAGAAGUCUCACUGUUAAAGGAUUUAAAGCAUGCCAAUAUAGUGACCUUGCAUGACAUUGUUCACACAGAGAAAUCUUUGACGCUGGUCUUUGAGUAUCUGGACAAAGACCUGAAACAGUACAUGGAUGACUGUGGGAAUAUCAUGAGCAUGCACAAUGUAAAGCUGUUCCUGUACCAAAUUCUCCGUGGUUUGGCAUAUUGCCAUAGAAGAAAGGUGUUGCACCGGGACUUGAAACCACAGAACCUCCUCAUAAACGAAAGAGGAGAACUAAAACUGGCUGACUUUGGACUAGCCAGAGCCAAGUCAGUCCCCACCAAGACCUACUCAAAUGAAGUUGUCACACUGUGGUACCGGCCACCUGACGUGCUUCUCGGUUCCUCAGAGUACUCAACACAGAUUGACAUGUGGGGAGUUGGCUGUAUUUUCUUUGAAAUGGCUUCUGGAAGACCACUGUUUCCAGGGUCAACAGUGGAAGAUGAACUGCACUUAAUAUUUCGACUACUAGGAACUCCAUCUCAGGAAACUUGGCCAGGUGUUUCUUCAAAUGAUGAAUUCAAGAACUACAACUUCCCAAAAUAUAAGCCACAACCUCUAAUUAAUCAUGCACCCAGGUUAGAUUCUGAAGGAAUUGAGUUGAUAACAAAAUUUCUUCAGUACGAGUCUAAGAAAAGGGUCCCAGCAGAAGAGGCCAUGAAGCACGUGUACUUCAGAAGUCUAGGACCCAGAAUACAUGCUUUGCCAGAAAGUGUAUCAAUAUUCAGUUUGAAAGAGAUUCAGUUGCAAAAGGACCCGGGUUUUCGAAAUUCUUCCUAUCCAGAGACAGGACAUGGGAAGAACAGAAGACAGAGCAUGCUCUUUUAAGUCUGGUAACAUGUUUCAAGCCCAGCCCCAGCCUUUCUUAUCAGUCAUGGACUCAGAGCGGAAGGCAGUUAUUUCUUGUGCUGGACUUGGACUCUCCGUUUGUCUACACUGUCCUCUUCACAGUGGAGUCUUUUUAUUUCAGACCUACGGAUUCUUUUUAUAUUGUCGUCACAGUGUGACAAUUGUUUUUGUACAGUUGGUUUUAAGGUCUUCUCUGCCAGUAGAGCCAGUAGGUUACAGCUAUCAAUGUAACUGUAGCUGCAGAUUUGUGCAGGACUGAGAAACACAGUGCAUUAUUUAUUGCGGAAUCAUUGCUGCUAGAUAACUACUGUCUGUUUAUUUAACACAACAGCCGAAUGCCUGAAGAAGCUGCAGUGGCUUUAUUAUAUGUGAACGCAUCUGUUUCUCCUCACAAAUUGUUUUACUGAUGCAUUUUUUUUUGGUUUGUUUGUUUUUAAAACUUAAACUGCAGUGUUUCCUGGAAUGUAUAUUUAGCUUUGCUUAGCAGUUAAAACGUGAGCCAUCUUGAACACCCUAAGUUCAUGCUACAUAUAAUUUUGUAGGAAUAUUGGCCAAUAGAGUAGCUGAGAGAUUGGCAGCACAGUGUGUUCAAGAAGCAUGCAGUGUGAGAGUUGAUUCAAGCAAGUGAAUAUCAGAUAUUUUUGAAUUCUCACUUUAGACACCUAUAAAUUAAAAACCAAGUUAUUUAUUUUUACCUAUUCCUCGUCUUAGAACUGUCUGGUGCAUAUUUGUAUGCUACUACUCUUGAUUAACUCUUUACACUGCGCUUGUAGUUAAAUUGUGACCAUAGAAGCCAUUCCAACCGGAAAGGCCUUGCUGCGGUUUGUCUCAAGCACAUCUCUUUUAUUAGACGAUGCUUCAUUUUGGGGGAGCAGUUUCUUUCAUUUGGGGGCUGUGUGUGUUUCAAUACCAUUCACUUGGGAUCAGCUGAGAGCUGUGCUCUGUCUUUAGAAUGAGCCAUGAUAAAUUAGAAAUGAGAAAUAAGAACCCAGGGGACUGCUCUAAAGCAUUGUGGGUAUUAUCUGCUCAUCAAAGACACUAACUUGAAUUAUGCAUCUCCUUGAGCAUCACAGACACUUUGGUGUUGCUAACAGUGUUUUAGGCAUUUGUAUUCAUUUGUUAGGACUAUUGGUUAGUGCAUCCUGCAACUAUAAAUCUUAAUUGGUAUAUUUUGAAAUGGUCAUGUACAUUUUUGCCUUAUAUCAUGAAAAUAGUUAUAACUUAAUUUUUGUCCUGCCAUUCACUGUAAACAUUCAGGGUCCUCUCAUUUCUGUUCAGGAAAUCCUGUAGUUUAUUGUUGUUAUUUAACAGUAUUAAAUGAGUUUUUGUAUAUUUCAUUUUAACUUUAUUUGUGAAUAGUGAUUGUGGCAUGUUUGGGGAUGUUAUUUUAAUAUUUCAUGAUACUGAAAUUUUAAUUUUUUUUUUUAAAAAAAAAACGUUCUGGAAGAAACAGAUUCAUGUAUAAUGGUGACCGUUGGACCACUACUGCUUCCCACCUUUGUACUCGUCUGCUGGUUCUGUGUUCAACCUGUAGCCUAACUGCUGUUAUUUCUAACUGACAGACAUAUGUAUUAAUAUUGUACUUUGAAGGUUAUAAAUAUUAUGUGAAAAUCCCUUCAUUUUGUUUUGAAAUUUAUAAUAACUAAACCUCUGUGUUAUAUAAAACGCGACUUUGUGGAG